GAAUGGUGUUUGGCAUUUGAUUAAAGUUAUACACAUAAGAAUAAGAAAUUUUUGUUUGAAAAUAAUAAACUUGUAUCAUUCAUUCAUUUAGCAACUAUAUGUUCUGAGAGUUAAAUUUUUGUUAAAAAGUAAAUGCAACCAAAGAAACAUGAAAUUCGCAAGUAAAUUUAAAAGUAUUAUCAUGAGACAAAGAUUUUUGUUUAUGUUAUUAAAUAGCGUUGUCAGCUUUAAUUUGGAUACAAAAAACAUUUGGCGGUUUACUAAUGACAAUAAUGCAACAAAUUUUGGAUUUAAAGUGUCACUUUUCCCAAAUGAUAAACCUAAUAUUAUUGUAUCAGCACCUCAUUUCAAUCGUAGUCAUAAGGAAGGUGCAAUAUUUACUUGUAAUCCAAAUGAAAACAAUACUUGUAAUUAUUGGAAUUUGGAUUCAGGCAAUAAAGAAAAUCAACGUGAUCAAAGAAUGGGUUUCUCUAUGUCUGUAAUUAAUGAUUUUUUACUCAUUUGUGCACCUUUAUGGCAUCGAAAAGCAAACAAUGCACGUCUUAUGUAUUUGGGCAGAUGUUCUGUAUUAAACAAAAGCCAUCAAUUUGUCUCCAACUUUUCAGUUUGUGAAACAGAAAAUACUGACUCAAAUGUUUACCAUGGGUACUGUGAGUCAGGUUUUAGUACUGAUGGCAUUGUUUAUAAUAAUAAAUACUUAUUCUAUUUGGGGGCUCCUGGAUCAUAUUUAUCAAAAGGCGUGAUAUUUGCUGAAAUACAAGGAACGAAGUCUAGGUUGAAAACAAGUGAAGAACGUCUUAAAGAUUAUUCAUAUAUGGGCUAUUCAGUUUCUAGUGGAAAUUUUACUGGUAAUGAAUAUGGAGAUGUUGUUGGUGGUGCUCCACGAGCUAAUAAUCUUAAAGGAAUGGUAAUUCUGUACAGUUUGAAAUUUUCUCCAUCCAGAUUAGAACUUUUGAAUAUUUUUGAAAAUCCUGAUGAUCAGGUUGGUGCAUAUUUUGGUGCAACUGUUUGUGCAAUUGAUUUCAAUAAUGAUGGAAAAGAUGAACUGCUUGUUGGUUCACCUUAUUAUUCUACUUUUGCUGAUGAAGGAAGAGUUUACAUUUACACUAACAAUAAAAUUUUUAAAGGUUUGGAUCUUCUAGACGAAUAUUUGAACCCUGAUGUAAGAGCUUAUGCUUUAUUUGGUUCCACAAUUACUAAAAUUGGUGAUCUUAACAAUGAUGGAUACAAUGAUGUUGCUAUUGGAGCACCUGGUGGUGGGCCUGAUGGCAAAGGAGCGGUAUAUAUAUACAAUGGUGGUGUCACUGGUAUUCGAUCUACAUACAGCCAGGUUAUAUACGCAUCUGAUUUUCUCUCCAGUUUUGAAACUGGUUUUGGUUCAUCUAUAUCUAAAGGUGUAGAUGUUGAUGGUAACAAAUAUCCAGAUAUUGCAAUUGGAGCUUACAAUAGUGGCAAAGUUUUUUUUUUCAGAUCUAAACCUGUCAUAACUAUAACUGACAAACUUAUGACUAAUGUUACACAGGUGCCAACAGAUCUGGAAAGCUCUAAUUGCUUGGGACCUAAUCUUGAAAAAUAUUACUGCAUUGAAUUUAAACUUGAUUUAAAAUACAGUGGCAUAAGUGUACCUCAAAAUCUUUUGGUUAGAGUGAACAUGGAAAUUGACAGUCAAAGGUCACUUGACAAGCGUGGAUAUUUUAGAGAUAAUUCAUCUUCUGUAUUUAACAAUAAUUUGAUACAAAAUGUUACUCUGUCAAAAGAUAAAAAUUUAACAAUAUCUUAUACAACAUACAUUGCUAUUUCUGGUAAAAUCGACAUUAUAGAGCCGAUUAUAUUCAACACUAAAUAUGAAGUAUUUGAUAACUCAACAGAUUGCAUAUCUGGAUUCUGUUCAGUAUUUGAUGCAUUUAGCAACAGUGGCAGUAGAACCCAGGUAUCUUAUUUAAUAAAAUGUAAUGAUACAGAAUGUAAGAUAGACCUGUCACUAAAUUCCUCUUUGAUAAUAAAUGGUUCUCCACAACAAAAUGAAAUCAUUUAUGGAGUCACUGAAAUGGUCAACGUACACUCAAAACUUAUUAACUUCGAUGAUACAGCUUACCAGGUCCAAUUAAAAGUGAAAUUCAAUUCAGACUUAGAAUUGAUUGGCAUUGAAAUUAAUGGGAAAUCUAACCUACUUCGGACGAUAUCAAUAAUUGAUGGAUCAACAAUGGAGCUUUUAUUUCUAGUUUCAAAUUCUUUAGUAAAAUUAAAAGAGAUAGAUGUGGUUGUAAAAUUUUCUGUGCAUAAACUAACGCCUUCAUCUUUGGAAUAUAUGUUUGAACUGGAAACAUUUGCAAUUGGUAUAGAACAAAAUACAAAUAACAACAAAGUUUUGUUGAAAGUUCCAACAAAAAUUGAAACAUGCGUCCUUGUGGGUGGAUUUGUUUCACCAAUGACAGCUUUUUUUGAUAAAGAUUUUAAAGCACCAAGAAAUUCAUCAUUGUUUUCAGAUGAUGGUCAAGAAGUUAUGUUCACCUUUGAUAUUGAGAAUUCAGGGUUUCAUUCAAUCAAUGCCAUGGUAACAGAAAUUGAUAUUGUUGUUAAAAAGGAUAAUAUUGCAGUAAUUUAUGUUGAAGAUUUAAGAGUUGAUAGUGUUCAAUGUGACCCAAUUAUAAAUGGAUUAAGUUCAAAUAACACAAAUUUUAGUCCAUUGUAUCAAUUUAAUAGCAACAUAAAUUUAUAUGGAGAAAAAACUCAGGAAAACAAAUUUAUAAAUCACGAAAAACUGGAUUGUCGAAGUGGAACUUGCAAGAUAUAUACAUGUAAUAUAACCAAUUUGGACAGCAAAAAAACUGCCAAAGUUUAUGUUAAAGCCAAGCUUUUUUCUGCUAACUUAGUUCAGCUACAACUUCCGUAUACAAGAGUUUAUACGUCGAUUGAGGUGAAGUUUAAUGGUAUAGAUCGUGAAAGGAAUGUUCAACGUAAAGACUGCAGUUUAUCUUCUAUUGUGACAUUUACUAUACAAGAGCAAACUAAAGGUCAAAAUUCAAUUAAAUGGUGGAUCAUUUUACUUUCAGCUGUUGGAGCAUUAUUAUUGCUUGCAGUUUUUACUUUUGUUCUGCGCAGAGCUGGUUUUUUUGAAAGAAAGCGAAAAAUUAAAGAAAUAUCGGGGCCGAGUCAAGAGAAAAAUAUUAAUGAACGUGCAAACCCUCUCGCACAUGAACAAAAUGUAGUUGAUGGUGAUGAAAAUGAUGAUGACAUUUAGCCUGA